GAUUAGGUUGUUUUUGCUGGUGUAGCUCCGCCAUGUUCCGGGGUGUUUAUUCUGUGUAGAGGAGUGAGAGAGGAGUGUGUGAGAGAGUGAGAUAGAGGGAGUGAGAGAGGAGUGAAAGAGUGUAAAUGUGUGCAGAAAUGCGCUCCUCUCCCCAGCUGUUCUCCGCUGUAGUGAGCCGGACCGCGCCGCUGCUGUAGGGCCGGGCUCCGGGUCUCCGCUCCCCGGGUCUGUGUGUGUGUGAGUCCGCGGAUCAGCGCCGCUCCGCCGCACCUCCUCCCCGCGGGAUGUUCUCCAAAAAGCCGCACGGAGAUGUGCGGAAAUCCAUGCAGAAGGUUCUGGACCCAAAGAAGGACGUGCUGACCCGUCUGAAGCACCUGCGGAUCGUUAUCGAAGUUGCUGAACCGGCUGAACUGAAGCACUUCUUCGAUCAGAACUACUCCCACAUUUAUUAUGUGUUCUUCGAGAACUUCGUCAGCAUCGAGGUCAUCCUGAAACAGAAAGGUCACAAAUCACAAAGGGAAGAGCUGGACUCCAUUCUUUUCAUUUUUGAGAAAAUUUUACAGCUGUUACCAGAGAGAAUACACAGACGAUGGCAGUUCCACAGCAUCGGCCUCAUACUGAAGAAGCUGCUGCACACGGGGAACUCCCUAAAGAUCCGCAGGGAGGGUGUACGGCUGUUCCUGCUGUGGCUGCAGGCUCUGCAGUGUAACGCUCUGAAGGAGCAGCUAUGGAUCUUCGCUGCUUUGAUCCCAGGAUUCCCGGCUCCACCCCAGUCCGACCUCGGCCCCCGGACCCUGGAAAACAUCAUCACCCCCACCCUCAACCUGCAGGAGGCUCAAGUGACGCCGGAGGAGAUCAGUCCUCUGGUUCUUCCUCAGUCUGGGGAUAAAGCUCAGGAGGAUCUGACUGGAUAUUUUCUGGAGGCUCUUCUCAAAUACAUGGUAAACCAGGCUAAGAGUCUGGAGUGGAGGUGUAAAGAGAACCAUGAGAAGGGCUUCGCUUUCCUCUUCGCCAACUUCAAGAAGUUUUAUCUUCCCCACAUCUUCCCCAACUUCUCCAAAGAGACCAGCCUCUACAACCCCAUCCUGGAUGUUCCCCCUCUGAGACCAAAGCCGUAUUAUGUGGUUAUAAAGCGAGACCCGGAGACGAAUGAAGCUUUAUACUGCACUAAAGAGAACUUCCUGAACUCCAGAGUGAUCUUUAUCCGCUGGCUCGUCUCCUUCUGGCUGGAGCCCAGAGCCACCUCCGGCUCUCACAUCCCCGGAGUGGAGGGAGAGAAUGUCCCAAAGAACAUCCAGAGGGCAGCGGCGGGUCUGGCGGGGCGGGUGGAGGACUCCGGGCCCCGGCCGGAUGCUCUGGAGGGGGGAGGGGUCUGUGGGGAGCCGGAACAGUCCCACUCCAACACCAGCACCCUGACGGAGCGAGAGCCCAGCUCCUCCAGCCUCUGCAGCGUCGAUGAGGAACAUCUCACGGACAUCGAGGUGGUCCGCCGGGUCCUCUGCUCCUCUCGCACCAACGUCAACUUCAUCACCGAGAUCUUCAGACAGGCGUUCCUGCUGCCGAUGUGUGAGGCGGCGGCGAUGAGGAAGGUGGUGCGGGUGUAUCAGGAGUGGAUCUCUCAGGAGGAGAAGCCAGUGUUUAUGGCGGAGCCGGAGGAGGAGGAGGAGGAGGAGCGCUGUAUGGGGAAGGGGGACGGACCGGACAUACAGCCAGAGGGUUCUGGACGCUGUAGGAACCCCGGGUGGAGUAAGGGUUCGGACAGUGAGCUGCUGGAGUACAGUGUAAAUGCUGGAUCUCAGGCUACUCUGCAGGUUUUCGUCACCAACUCGUCCAACGUGUUCCUGCUUGAACCGGCCAAUGAGCUGAAGACUCUGCUGGAGGAGCACGUGGAUAUGUGCAAACGCGUCCUCAACAUCUACCGCAGCCUCGUCAUGCACCAGACCAUGGAGCAGAAAACCUGGGAGCAGAUCCUGCUGGUGUUGUUGAGGGUGACGGAAUGUGUGAUGAAGAGACCUCCCUCCAUCAUGCCUCACGGGAAGAAGAGUAACACACUCUCAGGACGCCUCGCAGGAGCCAUCUUUCAGACCCUGAUAGUGGCGUGGAUUAAAGGGAAUCUGAACGUGUAUAUCUCUCGGGAGCUGUGGGACGACCUGCUCUCAGUCCUGUCCUCUCUCACCUGGUGGGAGGAGCUAGUGACGGAGUGGUCCCUCACCAUGGAGACCCUCACCAAGGUUCUGGCCCGGAACCUGUACAGCCUGGACCUGAACGAGCUGCCUCUGGAUAAACUCAGCGAGCAGAAGCUGAAGAAGCACAAAGGCAAAGGUGGUGCUCACGAGGGCCAGAAGAUGGUAGUGGAUCGUUCUUUUUCCAAAGGCUGGAGCCGGGACCCCCCCGGCCAGGCUGUGGCCAUGCGACAGCGCAGCGCCACGACCGCCGGCUCGCCGGGGAUCGAGAAAGCUCGGAGUAUCGUCCGCCAGAAGACCGUCGCUCUGCGGAGCUGCUCGACGGGUGACAGUCUGUUAUCUUCAGCGUUUAUCCGCAGCGCUAAGAGCGCGCCCGUCCUCGUCCACCCCGCCCACCCCCUCCUGCCUGACUCUGUCCUCACCCCCCUCGCAGACCACCUGCCAGAUCUGGAGGAGCCGGUGCUGGCCCCCCGCGGGCCCCGGGCGCGGCACAGCUCUCAGAGCGAGGAGAGCGCGGCGGCGGAGGUUUUCAGCGCGGCGGUGUCUGCGGCGGCGGCAGAGCUGGAGCAGCCGCCCCUCCCGCGCAGCAGCAGCGCCUCCGACAUCAUGGAGCCCUUCAUCAACGAGCGGGUCAAAGGUGCACUUCCUGUUUCUGACAGCCCCUCUCACACCCCCCACCCCUCCUCCUCCUCCAACACCUCCACCUUCAACACCACCAACACCACGGCCCCCACAGACCCCCCCCAGUGCCCCCAGUGUCCUCAGUGCCCUCAGACCGCCGACCCCCCGAGCAGCGAGAGCCGGGCGUCCUCUCUGGAGGUUGGCGACAGCAUCUACGACCACCUCUGCCAGAUGCUGCCGGGGCCACAGCCGCCCUUCGUCCCCGACUGGACGUGCCUCGCCGCUACGCCCGCCACACCCACUAUACCCGAUACACCCGCUAAACACGCCCCACUCGCCGAGGACGACCUUCUCAGCUCCCUGAGAGAGUACUUCAUGCUCAGGGACACUGCAUACCCUGGGGAGGCGGGGUUUGGGAGUUUAGAUGCGGAGGCAGAGGCGGAGUCUAUCGUAGAAAGGGGCGGGGUUUUAGACGAUAAGGAGAUAGACGCAAGCGAGCAGAGUUUCUACGAUUGUUUAGAGCACUGUGAUUGGGUGUCGACUUGCACGCAGAUCAAAUCUAGCGAAACCAAUCAAACCAAUAGAUCAGACCAGAAUAGAUCAAGCGAGGAGCAAACGUCCAAUCAGAAUCAGAGUUUAGCAGAUGAUAGGCGGGAUUCAGAUUCACGGUUACACAGGCAGGACGCGACCGAUCGCUCAGGUGAGAUGGAACCCAUCUCUCAGCACCCGCAAUCCACGUUUCGCCCCAGAUUGAACCGAGGCGGUUCCAAAAAGCGACAAAGCGGCGGCGGAGGAGGAAGUGGUGGAGGAAGUGGUGGAGGAGGAGGAGGAGGAAGCAGCGGCAGCAGCAGCGGCGGCGGCGUCCACGUCAGUUUCCGUCCGUCCACGGAGUCCGUGCACUUCCUGAACCCGCUGGACCCCAAAGAGGCGCACUGGAAGGUCCGCCUCCGCCGCCUCAGCCACUUCAGUGGCCAAUCAGCAGGCUCCAAGCUUCGAGACGGGUCAGGAGGAGGAGGGGGAAGCGGCGGGGAGGCGGACGCGGCGCCGCACCGUCCCGGGCGCAUCGGCCGCCCCUCGCUUCCCCGCACUCGCGCAUCUCGCUCCAGGUCGCAGGAAUCCGGCUGCAGCCCCUCCCGCCAGCAGGUGGCGCUCCUGGGCGGCGUGUAUAAGUCGGUGGUCCACGCCCUCUCCAAGCCCAAGAGCCAAUCGGCGGCCGGCCCGAGCCACGGCGCCCCCACCAAGCCCCCGCCGGACGCGCCGCUGAAGGACCUGUACUCGCAUGUUAUGGGCUAUUUUGGAAGAAGAGCAGCAGCUAAUAAUAAAGAUGAGUUGCCGCAGAAGGUGCGUCCCGUCUCCACCGAUGUGGGCAGCAGCAAUCCCAACGUCAGCGACCUGAUGGACGAGUUCAUCCAGGAGCGACUCAGAGCCAGAGGAACCUCGGGAAUGACGAGGAGAGGCAGUAGUCCAGGCAGUUUGGAGAUACCGAAGGAUUUUCCGGAUGUUCUGACCCGUUCGAACGCCACCCGACCCGCCGACGAUCCCGGGGUUCCCUCUGAGUGGACGUCACCUGCCAGCGCCAGCGGGAGUGACAUCAUCAGCUCCGACAGCCAAUCAGAUUCAUUCAAUGCCUUCCAAUACGACAAUAAGUAUGAAAAUUUCAGCUUUGCUCCUGAGGCGCUGGGGUCAGCGGAGCAGGAGGGUGGGACGGGAAACACACUGGAUGAACCGGAUCACGCCAGUCUCACCACUUUACACAUCGACUCCGAGACCAGUAGCCUCAGCCAACACGGCCUGUCUGCUGAUACUGUUACCAUUACAGGUUCUGAAAGUGCGUCUCCGCUGCAUUCUCUGGGUGGGUCUCGCUCUCAGACUCCGUCUCCGGCCACCCUGACGGCCGAACACACCAAACACAAAGACCUGCAGCUCGACGAGAAACUGCACCACUCCGUACUGCAGACACCUGACGACCUGGAGACCAGUGAGUUCCCCACGGAGGACUGCAGCGUGAUGGCCGGAGGCUCUCUGACCGGCUGGCAUGCGGACGUGGCCACAGUGAUGUGGAGACGGAUGCUGGGAAUUCUGGGAGACGUGAACUCCAUUAAAGACCCGGAAAUUCACGCCCAGGUGUUCGACUACCUGUGUGAGCUGUGGCAGAACCUGGCCAAGAUCAGAGACAAUCUAGGAAUAUCCCUCGACAACCAGACGUCUCCGCCCCCUCCGGAUCUGAUCCCGCCUCUGCGGAUUCUCACCCCCUGGCUGUUCAGAGCCACCAUGCUGUCAGAGAGGUAUAAGCAGGGUAAGCUUCACGCCUAUAAGCUCAUCUGCAAGAUCAUGAAGCGCCGUCAGGAUGUUUCCCCGAACUCAGACUUCCUCACACACUUCUACAACAUCAUGCACUACGGCCUGCUGCACCAGGACCAGGACAUUGUGAACACCAUCAUUAAGCACUGCUCUCCUCGCUUCUUCUCCAUCGGGUUGCCGGGGGCAACCAUGCUCAUCCUGGACUUUAUCGUAGCGGCGAGCAGAGUGACGGCCUGCUCAUCUCUAAACGCUCCGCGGGUGGAGGCUCAGAUUCUGCUGGGGUCUCUGGUCUGUUUCCCGAACCUGUACGAGGAGCUUCCUGCCCUCCACCCCACCACCGCCGACGUCAUCAUGACCAAGUUUAAGGACGUGAAGGAACACAUUAUUAAACACAUCCUCGCUUCAGCCAGAGACGAGCCCUCAGCUCCAGCCAGGUGUGUAGCUCUGUGUAGUCUGGGUAUCUGGCUCUCUGAGGAGCUGAUCCACGGCACUCGACACCCUCAGAUUAAAGAAGCUCUCAACGUCAUUUGCGUCACUCUGAAGUUCCCCAAUAAAACAGUAGCUCUGGUGGCUUCAGAUAUCCUGCAUUUACUCAUAAACUACGUGGAUCACCUGCAGGCGUUUCCUCCCGACAUGCCAAAGAAAAUCGUAGAGAUUCUCAUAGCAACCAUCACCUACCUGCUGCCGUCUACAGAGUCCUCUCCUCACGAACUGGACAAACGGCUGGUGGUGUCUCUGCUGCUGUGUUUGCUGGACUGGGUUAUGGCUCUUCCUCCAAAGACUCUCCUGCAGCCGGUCCAGACUCUGGUUCUGGAUAAAGACAAGGCGGAUAAAUCCGUGCUGAGUGCCAUCUACAAGGUGUUGCACGGCUGUGUUUACGGGGCUCAGAGUUUCAGUAGCGCUCGGUAUUUCCCGCUCAGUCUGUCGGAUCUCAGCAGUCCGGAUUACGACCCGUUCCUGCCGCUGGAAGGUCUGAAGGAGCCGGAGCCGCUGCACUCACCCGACUCCGAGAGAUCCUCCAAACUACAGCCCGUUACUGAGGUGAGGAGUCGUAUCCAGCAGGGUCUGAUCUCCAUCGCCGCUCGCACGGUUAUCUCUCACCUGGUGAAUCACCUGGGACACUACCCCAUGAGCGGCGGUCCCGCCACCCUGACCAGCCAGGUGUGCGAGAACCAGGACAACCCGUACUGCGACAGCAGCGACCUGGCGCCCGAGCUCUUCCACACGCCCAACCUGCAGUUCUUCGUCCUGAACGGCACCACGCUGCUGUCCUGCCUGCAGAUCCGGGCGCAGGACGGCCUGCCCGGCGGCGGGAUGGCGGCGGGACUCACCUCCGCCAACGCCUGUGUACGGGUCAUCGUACGGGACAUCUCCGGUAAACACUCGUGGGACUCGGCGGUGCUGUACGGACCUCCGCACUGCGCCGCUCCCAGCCAGCCCAUUCACUUCCCCACCCCGUCCUCCGGGCCUGCGGGGGGCGACGGAGAGAGCAGUGCUGAGGGGGAGGGGCUGGAGAGAGAGGAGGAGGAGAACGAGGAGGAGAACGAGGAGAUCCUGGAGAGCGAGGAGAUGCAGAGGGAGCAGGAGGACGAGGAGUUGGAGGAGGAGGAGCAGGAGGCGGAGCUAGACGAGGAGGAGGAGGCGGUUUUGGAGCUGAUGGCGCCGCUGGCGAAGCGUCGGUGUCGGGAGGCGGUACCCAGCUGGGACGCCCUGCAGGACGGGGAGGACGGGGAGGACGCGCUGGACGAGAUGCUGCAGUACCUCGGGUACUCCAGCCCCGAGUGCCUGCAGCGCACUGGCAUGCCCCUCAACAUCCCGGCCCCGCCCCCCGCCUGCGUCUCAGAGAAACAGGAGAACGACGUCAUCAACGCCAUCCUGAAGCAGAGCGCCGAGGAGCGCGAGUUCAGCCUCCACCGCGGCAACGACGUCCACAUGCGGGCGGCGGCACAGCCGGAGCCCCGCCCCCAGCGCCCGCAGUCCGCCUUCUACUACUGCAGACUCCUGCUCAACAUCCUCGGCAUGAACUCCUGGGAGAAGAGGAGCAAUUUCCACCUGCUGAAGAAAAACGAGAAGCUGCUGAGGGAGCUGAAAAACCUCGACUCCAGACAGUGCCGCGAGACGCACAAGAUCGCGGUGUUUUACGUGGCCGAGGGGCAGGAGGAUAAACACUCCAUCCUCUCCAACACCAGCGGGAGUGAGGCCUACGAGGACUUCGUCUCCGGACUGGGCUGGGAGGUGAAUCUGACGAGUCACUGUGGGUUUAUGGGAGGACUGCAGAGGAAUAAGAGCACCGGUUUGACCACGCCGUACUUCGCCACGUCUACGGUGGAGGUGAUGUUCCACGUCUCCACCCGCAUGCCCCCGGACUCCGACGACUCCCUCACCAAAAAGUUGAGGCACUUGGGGAAUGAUGAGGUUCACAUCGUUUGGUCGGAGCACACUCGGGACUACAGGAGAGGAAUCAUCCCCACUGAGUUUGGAGACGUUCUGAUCGUUAUUUACCCCAUGAAGAACCACAUGUACAGCAUCCAGAUCAUCAAAAAACCAGAGGUCCCGUUUUUCGGCCCGCUGUUUGAUGGAGCUAUAGUGGACGGGAAGAUCUUGCCCACGAUGGUUCGCGCCACCGCCAUCAACGCCAGCCGAGCGCUGAAAUCCCUCAUCCCGCUCUACCAGAACUUCUAUGAGGAGAGAGCGCGGUACCUGGAGACCAUCGUCCAGCAUCACCUGGAGUCCAGCACCUUCGAGGAUUACGCAGCCCGGCUGUUCUGCCCAGCACCGUUCCAGCCCAUGCCCUCCGAAACAGAGAGGGAUGGAGUGAUGUUCCUCCUCCUCCCUGCCCCCCCGUUAGAGAGGGCGGGGCUGAUGAAGGUAAAGGGGAAGGGCCUGAAGCGGAAGGUGUUUCACGCUAGCUGUGAAUGGCUCCUCCCACGAGAGCCAGGCCGAAAACCCCAGCGCUCCUCCCGACGCCAGCGACUUAGCCUCGCCCAUGUCUCCUCGGGCUAGCAAGAGCCGCAUGUCCAUGAAGCUCCGCCGCUCGUCCGGAUCGGCCAAUAAGACCUGACCUGACGUCACAUGACCUUACCUGAGCUCACCUGACCUCACCUGUGCCACGUAUACACGCUCACACUCCGACACACUCCUGCACAAGCACUCCCUCAGCACUACUGGAAACACCACUCCAUCGACUUUCUCUGCAGAUAACCCCGCCCACUUCCAUGGCCACACCCACACGUGAUGUCAUAAUAAUCCACAGUAAUGUCUGACUCCAUCCCUUCAGGACUGAUCCAGAGAGCUGGGGAUAAAAAAAGGAAAAGAAAGAUUCUUAAAAAUGCUGUCAAAAAUAUGUAUUUCAGUAUAAGUACAAGUUCCAGAACAAAGAAAAGUUUAAGGACAAGUUCAGACCCUAGACCAAGGAUAAGUACGGAUUUUUAAAACAAGUACAACUCCUAAAACAAUUGCAAGUUUUUAGGACAAGUACAAACCCUAGAACAAGUUUCAAAACAAAUACAUGAGAACAGGGACAAGUUUUAAGGACAACUACAAACACUAGAACAAGGAUAAGUAUAAAUCAAAUGUAAGUUUUUAUGACAAGCACAGAUCCUAGAACUAGGAUUUAGUAUGUAUUUUAAAAACAGUCUGAGUUCCAGGUCUAGUGCAAAUAUGAAAUCCAAACGAAUGUGUUUUAGGAAAAGUUCAGGGCCUGGAACUAGCAAGAGUUACAGAACAUCUACAAGUACAAAUUCUAGAACAUGUUCAGGUUCCAAAACAAGUCAAAAAUAAGCUUUUAGGGCAAGUACGAGUUCCAGAAGAGUUACACACAGACAAAGUGCAAGAAAAGAAUAUCUGUACAGACAGUAGAACAAGUCCAGAAUGAAGUGCAAGUUCCAAGUCUAUUUAAAAUGAGUUCCAAAGACCAGUGCAUCUUUUAGGACAAGUACGAGUUUAAGAACAAAUACCUAUUUUAGCUACAAUUUAAAAAAAGUACUAAAGUACAAUAGAAUAGGUAUACAUGUUUCUAACACAAGUCCUAGAACAAGUCCAAGUUCUUGUACUAGUUUUAGUCACAGACAGACAGACAGCUGUAUAACACAUUAGGACAGAAGAAGAGCAGAAGUGUUUGGACACUGUGGACUAAUGUGGACAAUGAUGUCAUCAGGUGGGUGGUCCUUUUGCUGUUACUCCUCCCUCUAAAAGUGCUAAAGAUCCAGAGUUGCUGAAGCUCUUCGCUCUGAUUGGUCGGUGCUGUGCGCUGAGCUAAUGGUGGAACGCCAUCACUUCCUCCUGUUACACUUAUGAUGUUUGGGUUUAUUUUUUAACACUAAAGUGAUGUAUUAUUGUAUUCUGAGACACAAACAAACAAACACUACUGCUUUCAUUUAUACGUAUAAAUAUAUAUAUAUAUAUAAAAUACUGUCCCGUGAAAAAGUCUGUGCACCCCUGGUCAUGUGACAUGCUGUAAUAAAACGGAUUAAUCCUCUACAUUAAAUUUUUCGGCACAUUUUACACACAAUUUUAUUUACUUACUGAAUUAAACACGGAUGAAUAGAUUCUAAAAACAUAUUAAAUGUGCCAUAACUUUUGUACAUGCCACAUUUUACAAUUUAUUUUUUCCAGCCUGUUAAAUUCAGUAAGUAAAAAAAAAGUAAUUCAGUAUUAAAAUACGCUACAAAAAUGUGUCUCUGUAGAGGAUCUGUAUUUAUAUACUGUUAUAUUUACGCUCGCAUCAUCAGAUCACAUGCACAAACUUUCUCGCGUAGAAUUAUGUGUAUAUAUUUAAUUUUGGAUCACGCUCAUGAUUGUAAAAUCAAUUUUCACCUGAUUUAGAAUGUCUUUUUUUUUUUCGUUUUUGCUGUUUUUGUUAAUAUGUUCUGUUAUACAGAAACACCCUGUUUUUUUUUUGCUUUUUUUCACUCCUAAUGAUCAUGUGUGUAUAUAAAUAUAUAUAUAAAUAUGAAAUAUAUGCAUAUUUAAAGGAUGUGUAUAGUGUAUGAACAGUAUCUGGUCUGUGUACAUAUUUAACAGUAUUUAAAAAUCAGCCAAAAAAUUAGUGCAAGCAGACGUUUUUAAUGAACCUCGAGCCUCUUGGAACAAAACGGUAAAUGUUUCGUCCGGUUUUUCCUCCACUCUGAUCGACUUUCGGUGCGUCACGGCUGAGAUUUGUGUAUUUGUACUAUAUAUGUGAGAUAAUUAAGUUUAUAGAGUAAUUUUUUUAGGACAGAAACGUAAAUCACGUAAGCAUUCUAAUGCAAAUGCAACCGAACGGUCCUGCUUUCCGUACUCAGCGUAUGUUGUUAAAGUAGAACUCUGGUGUAAAAUUGAUUUUUGCUGUAGUAAAACAUGAAAGUACUCAUUUUUGGAGAAUAGCUCACCUCCGCUCUCCAGCAGCUUUUCGAGAUCCAGUAUUUUUGUGCUUUUUGCCCAAACAAUCUUUACAAACGGCAUAUUUUGCCCCAAUAAAUCACUUUUUACACCGUUAUUUAGGCUCAAAGUAGCUCCACACCUGAUUGGUAGAAUCUGGAGAGCCCUGACUUUUAUUACGUUUUAAAUGUCAGGACUCUCCGGAUUUUAGUAAGGAGGUGUGGAGCUACUUUGAGCUGGAUAACGGUGUAAAAAGUAAUUUAUUGGGGCAAAAUAUGCCCCAAAGUGGCCACUGUAAAAAGUUCUGGGCAAAAAGCACAAAAUUUCUAGAUCUCAGAAAGCUGCAGGAGAGCGGAGGUGAGCUAUUCAUCACAGAUAAGAACUCUUUAUUAUGUUUUACUGCACUAAAAGUAAAUUUUUACUGGAGUUCUCCUAAGUUACUACGAGGAUUUAAAACACUUUGUACUCAAAUCAUCAGCUAGCAAAAGAAAAUUCACAUGCGCUUCUACAGAGACUCAAACAACUGUGCUGUUUCUGUAGCGCCCCCGAUUUUAGAGCAAGUACAGAAAUUAGAACAAGUCCAGGAAGAAGUACGAAGUUUAAAGGACAAGAACAAGUGAAGAAUAGUGCAAGUACCAGUUCUAGGUCUAGUGCAAUUAUGAUUUUUAAAACCAAUGCAGGUUUUAGGACAAGUUCAGGGUCCAGGACAAGUACAAGUUCCAGAAAACGUACACUCUUUUUAGAAAAAGUACACGUUUCAGGUCUAGUGCAAAUAAUGAAUAAUAAUGAAUUUCUAAACCACUGAACUUUUUAGGACAAGUACAGGAUCCAAAACGAGUACAAGUUCCAGAACAAGUUCUAGUACACCUCCUUUUAGAACAAGUACCAAAAAAAGUACCCCCUUUUCGCCAAAGGUCACGUACGUAAAGGUCGUUCCCGAUUGGUCGAUCAGAGUGGGCGGGGAAAAAUGAAGGACGCUACUGCUGACCAAAUACUGCAUGACGCCAGUACUAACCGCAUGUGUUACGCCGCCGUAUGUACACACGCCGCCAUAUUGUCAUACUGUAGUACGGAUACGUUUGUAAUAUUGAAAUGAGGGGGAGGAGCCAGAGCGGCGUGAAGAUUCACCAUCACAAUAAAGUGUAUUCUUAUCACA